AUGUCUUUCUCCAAAGUUGCAUUCAGUGAAAUUCCCACUGCAAACGUAGAAGCCAUCAUUAAUUCGCCAGAAGAAAAGGCGUUAGUCUCUCAAUACGAAACAUUGGCUCCAAGAUACUCUGCUGAUGAGCCAGAGUUGUUAGUUCAGCUUAAUGAAUCAUUGAAAUCCAAGACUUUCGUAGCUGGGAAUGUAUUUACCAAGGCUGAUUUAUUGGUAUUUGCCAACGUCUUACCAUUAACUAAAUCUUUAAGCAAAUCUAAUGAUGACUUGGCUAAAUUCAGACACAUUUUAAGAUGGGCAGAUUUAAUUCAAUCAAAUUUUGUUGAUGUUCCUGAGGAUGCGAAAUUAGUACUUGAUUAUGAUGUAAAAUUACCAAGAGAAGUCAAGGAAAAGAAGAAGCCUGCAGCAGCUCCAGCUGCUCCAGCGGCAGCAGCUUCUGGCGCGGAAAAAAAGAAUGUAGAAGGUAAGAAGGCUGCAGCUCCAGCUCAAGCUGGUGGGGCUGCUCCAACUGAAGAACAAAAGAAGGCAAACGCUGAAGCUGCCAAAGCCAAGAAGGCUGCCAAGGCAAAGGCCAAGGCCGAAGCUGCUGCUAAACAGGCAGCUGCUGUUGUUCCUCCCAACCCAUCUAUGAUCGACUUCAGAGUUGGUUUCAUCCAAAAAGCAGUUAAGCACCCAGAUGCUGAUUCUCUUUACAUGUCAACUAUUGAUAUGGGAGAUGCAGAGGGCCCAAGAACUGUCUGUUCUGGUUUAGUUAAGUACGUUCCAUUAGAAGAUAUGCAAGAAAGAUAUGUGAUAACUAUUGCCAACUUAAAACCUGUGUCAAUGAGAGGUGUUAAGUCGACUGCUAUGGUCCUCUGUGCUUCUAAUGCUGAUACAGUUGAAUUUGUUAACCCUCCACCAGGCUCUAAGGCCGGUGACAAGAUUUUCUUUGAAACUUUCGACGGUGUUCCAGAAAAGCAAUUGAACCCAAAGAAGAAGGUAUGGGAAGCACUUCAACCACUUUUCUCCACUAAUGAAAACUUUGAAGUUACAUUCACUGAAGAAGGUAAGGAACCUAAAAGAUUGGUUAACGCCAAAGGUGAAUUAUGUAAGAACAGCACUCUUGUAAAGGCUGAUGUUAAAUAG